GCGAUCCGAACGGUAGAGAAAGUAGUCCCCGUGGAAUGUGAGUGCGUUUGCUUGUGCAUCGGCUCCAUUUCUCCUUCCUCGCGUCCCCCUUGAGUUUGGUUCUCAUUUCGCCAUCGACGCGAGGCUGUCGAGCGUGCGGCUCGGCGUUGAUGGCGAUCGGUCCGUUUGGUUCGCCUUCGAGACGGUCGGUCGUCGGACAAUAGCGGGGGAGGGGGAGGAAGGGGGACGCGGCGCACGGAUACGGCGGAAGCUGAGCGGGCAGGACAAUGUGCAGGCGUGCUCCGGCUUCCUGGGGAGAGUUGGAGCGUCGCGCUUGGUAGCAAACAAGCCAACAACAAGCCAACAAGCCCGAAGCCCGCGACAAAGGCCGCAACGCGACGACGCCAGCCGAGACAUGGAACGCCCGAGCGCCCCGGCCACCGUCUGAGCCACUUGCGCGAGGCCGAGCGAGGGAGCAGCCAGCCGGGGAGGCGGGGAGGCCGCGGCCGAGGUUGAACGGGGGAGGCGGAGACGCAUCGCUCGCUGGCUGGGGCGAGCGAGCGCGAUGUUUUUUCCUCGCUGGCCGCUGACGAGCAACGCCAGGCGGCGGUGAGCGCGAGCGCGAGCCGACAAAGGGCGAAGAAGAAGCGGCCGAACGCGAGCAGCAUGGCCGCGGUGCUGCGGACGCUGUUAUUGAGCACCCUUUGUCCCCUGCUGCGAGGCGAGCCACUGCUGCUCUACGCCAACCGUCGGGACCUGCGGCUGGUGGACGCGUCCCGCGAGCGGGCCAACGCCAGCGUGGUGGUGGGCGGGCUGGAGGACGCGGCGGCCGUGGACUACGUCUUCUCGCGGGGGCUCAUCUACUGGAGCGACGUGAGCGAGGAGGCCAUCAAGCGCACCGCCUUGGACCGGGCGGGCGGGGGCGGCGCCGUCCACACGGUGGUGCCCGGCCUGGCCUCCCCCGACGGGCUGGCCUGCGACUGGCUGGCCGCCAAGCUGUACUGGACCGACUCGGAGACCAACCGCAUUGAGGUGUCGGAGCUGGACGGAAGCCUGAGGAAGGUUCUCUUCUGGCAGGAGCUGGACCAGCCCAGGGCCAUCGCCUUGGACCCGGCCAGAGGCUUCAUGUACUGGACGGACUGGGGCGAGAUCCCCAAGAUCGAGCGGGCGGGCAUGGACGGCACCAAUCGCUCCGUCAUCGUGGAGCGCGACAUCUACUGGCCCAACGGACUGACGCUGGACUACGAGCAGCUCAAGCUCUACUGGGCCGACGCCAAGCACAGCUUCAUCCACCGCUGCCACCUGGACGGCAGCAACAGGGAGGCGGUGGUGAGAGGGGAGCUGCCCCACCCGUUUGCCCUCACCCUCUUCGAGGACACGCUCUUCUGGACCGACUGGACCACGCACUCCAUCCACUCCUGCUCCAAGCACGACGGCGGCCGGCAGCGCGUGGUCCACUCGGACAUCUUCUCGCCCAUGGACAUCCACGUCUUCAGCGCCGCGAGGCAAAGCCAGAUGAGCACGCCGUGCUCGCUGAACAACGGCGGCUGCUCUCACCUGUGCCUGCUGUCGCCCGACGAGCCCUUCUACCGCUGCGCCUGCCCUACCGGAGUGCAGCUGCUGCACGACGACAAGACCUGCCGAGACGGCGCCACGCGGGUGCUGCUCCUGGCUCGGCGAACGGACCUGCGGCGGAUCUCGCUGGACACGCCCGACUUCACCGCCAUCAUCCUGCAGGUGGACGACAUCCGCCACGCCAUCGCCAUCGACUACGACCCGGUGGACGGCUACAUCUACUGGACGGACGACGACGUGAAGGCCAUCCGCCGCUCGCUCCCUGACGGCGGCGACGCGCAGUUCGUGGUCACGUCGCACGUCAACCACCCGGACGGCAUCGCCGUGGACUGGAUCGCGCGCAACCUCUACUGGACCGACACGGGCACCGACCGAAUCGAGGUCACCCGCCUCAACGGCACCAUGCGCAAGAUCCUGGUCUCCGAGGACCUGGACGAGCCCCGGGCCAUCGUCCUGGACCCCGUUGCCGGGUACAUGUACUGGACGGACUGGGGCGAGGUGCCCAAGAUCGAGCGCGCCGACCUGGACGGGACGGAGCGGCUGGUGCUGGUCAACACCUCGCUGGGCUGGCCCAACGGCCUGGCGCUGGACUACGACGAGCGCAAGAUCUACUGGGGCGACGCCAAGACCGACAUGAUCGAGGUGAUGAACAUGGACGGCACGUCGAGGCGAGUGCUGGUGGAGGACAAGCUCCCGCACAUUUUCGGCUUCACGCUGCUGGGCGACUUCAUCUACUGGACGGACUGGCAGCGGCGCAGCAUCGAGCGCGUCCACAAGCACACGGCCGAGCGGGAGGUCAUCAUCGAACAGCUGCCCGACCUGAUGGGCCUGAAGGCCGCCUACGUCCGCCAGGCCUCGGGCAGCAACGCGUGCGGCCACAACAACGGCGGCUGCAGCCACCUGUGCCUGUUCAAGCCGCGGGGCGCGCAGUGCGCCUGCCCCAUCGGGCUGGAGCUGAUCGCCGACAUGCGCACCUGCAUCGUGCCCGAGGCCUUCCUGCUCUUCUCGCGCCACACCGACAUCCGCCGCAUCUCGCUGGAGACCAACAACAACAACGUGGCCAUCCCGCUCACCGGCGUCAAGGAGGCCUCCGCCCUGGACUUUGACGUCACCGACAACAGGAUCUACUGGACCGACAUCACCCUCAAGACCAUCAGCCGGGCCUUCAUGAACGGCAGCGCCCUGGAGCACGUGGUGGAGUUCGGGCUGGACUACCCCGAGGGCAUGGCGGUGGACUGGCUGGGGAAGAACCUGUACUGGGCCGACACGGGCACCAACCGCAUCGAGGUGGCCAAACUGGACGGCCAGCAUCGGCAGGUCCUGGUCUGGAAGGAUCUGGACAGUCCCAGGGCGCUGGCGCUGGACCCGGCCCAAGGCUACAUGUACUGGACCGAGUGGGGCGGCAAGCCCAAGAUCGACCGGGCGGCCAUGGACGGGACCGGUCGCCUCACUCUGGUGGCGGACGUGGGCCGGGCCAACGGCCUCACCAUCGACUACGCCGAGCGCCGCCUGUACUGGACCGACCUGGACACCACGCUCAUCGAGUCCUCCGACAUGCUGGGUCGGGACCGCGAGGUGAUCGCCGAAGACCUCCCCCACCCCUUCGGCCUGACCCAGUACCAAGACUACAUCUACUGGACGGACUGGAGCCAGCGCAGCAUCGAGCGGGCCAACAAGACCAGCGGGCAGAACCGCACCGUCAUCCAGGGCCACCUGGACUACGUGAUGGACAUCCUGGUCUUCCACUCGUCCCGGCAGGGCGGCUGGAACGCCUGCGCCUCCACCAACGGCCACUGCUCGCACCUCUGCCUGGCCGUGCCCGUGGGCGGCUUUGUGUGCGGCUGCCCCGCCCACUUCUCGCUGGCCUACGACAACAAGACGUGCAACGCGCCCACGUCCUUCCUGCUGUUCAGCCAGAAGACGGCCAUCAACCGCAUGGUGAUGGACGAGCAGCAGAGUCCCGACAUCAUCCUGCCCAUCCACAACCUGAGGAACGUGCGCGCCAUCGACUACGACCCGCUGGACAAGCAGCUCUACUGGAUCGACUCCAAGCAGAACGUGGUGCGCCGCGCUCAGGAGGACGGCAACCAGAGCACGACGGUGGUGUCGGGCGCGCAGCUGUACGACCUGAGCAUCGACAUCUACAGCCGCUUCAUCUACUGGACCAGCGAGCUCACCAACGUCAUCAACGUCACGCGCACCGACGGCGGCCGCGUGGGCGUGGUGCUGAGGGGGCCGCACGACAGGCCGCGCGCCAUCGUGGUCAACCCCGAGAGAGGGUACAUGUACUUCACCAACCUGCUGGAGCGCUCGCCCACCAUCGAGCGCGCGGCGCUGGACGGGACGGAGCGCGAGGUCCUCUUCUUCAGCGGGCUGGGCAAACCCGCCGCGCUGGCCGUGGACAACGAGCUGGCCAAGCUCUUCUGGGUGGACUCGGACCUGCGCCGCAUCGAGAGCAGCGACCUGUCAGGCGCCAAUCGCGUCGUGAUCGCCGACUCCAACAUCCUGCAGCCGGUGGGCCUGACGGUGUUUGGCAAGCACCUGUACUGGAUCGACAAGCAGCAGCAGAUGAUCGAGCGCGUCGACAAGACCACGCGCGAGGGCCGCACCAAGAUCCAGGCGCGCGUGGCCUACCUCAGCGACAUCCACGCCGUGCGCGAGCUGGACAUGAGGGAGUACGGUAAGCACCCGUGCACGUGGGACAACGGCGGCUGUUCGCACAUCUGCAUCGUCAAAGGCGACGGCACCACCCGCUGCUCCUGUCCCGUCCACUUGGUGCUGCUGCAGGAUGAGCUGUCGUGCGGAGAGCCCCCCACGUGUUCACCCGAGCAGUUCUCGUGCCGUUCGGGCGAAGUGGACUGCAUCCCGCAGGCGUGGCGCUGCGACGGCUACGCCGAGUGCGACGACGACAGCGACGAGCAGGACUGCCCCGUUUGCUCCGACAGCGAGUUCCAGUGCGACAGUCGCCAGUGCGUCGACCUCGGCCUCCGCUGCAACGGCGAGGUCAACUGCCAGGACCGCUCCGACGAGAACAAGUGCGAAGUGCGCUGCCCGUCGGACCAGUUCUCGUGCGCCAACGGCCAAUGCGUGGGCAAGGACAAGAAGUGCGACGACAACAUGGACUGCGCCGACAACUCGGACGAGAUGGGCUGCUCGGACUCCACGGAGGAACCGCCGCCUUCCAACAACACCGUGGGCUCCAUCGUGGGCGUGGUGAUGGCGCUCUUCCUGGUGGGCGCCGUCUACUUUGUGUGCCAGCGCGUCCUGUGCCCUCAGAUGAAGGACGACAGCGAGACGGUGGCCAACGACUUUGUGGUGCACGGCCCGUCCUCGGUGCCGCUGGGAUACGUGCCGCACGCCGCCCCCCUGUCGGCCUCGCUGCCAGUGGCGUCCGGGGGCAAGUCGGCCGUGGGCUCGCUCAGCAUCAUGGGCGGCAGCAGCGGGCCGCCGUACGACCGCGCCCACAUCACCGGCGCCUCGUCCAGCAGCUCGUCCAGCACCAAGGGCGCCUACUUCCCUCCGAUUCUGAACCCGCCUCCUUCUCCCGCCACCGUGCGCUCGCAGUACACGCUGGAGUUUGGCUACUCGUCCAACAGCCCGUCCACGCACCGCUCCUACAGCUACCGGCCGUACACGUACCGCCACUUUGCCCCUCCCACCACGCCGUGCAGCACCGACGUGUGCGACAGCGAUUACACGCCGGGCCGCCGCGCGCCGGCGCCGCUCAAGUCGGCGGGCGGGCGCGCGGCGGCGGCCAAAGGCUACACCAGCGACCUCAAUUACGACUCGGAGCCUUUCCCGCCCCCGCCCACGCCGCGCAGCCAAUACCUGUCGGCCGAGGAGAACUGCGAGAGCUGCCCGCCGUCGCCCUACACCGAGCGCAGCUACUCGCACCACCUCUACCCGCCCCCGCCCUCGCCCUGCACGGACUCGUCCUGAACCCCGACCGCGACCCCCCCCCCCCCCCCUGCCCUCCCCCACCCCCUCGGUGUAAAUAGCCACUGUGCAUAAAAUGAGGUUAAAAAUGGGAACGCCGGGCCGGCUGCUGCGGAACAUUUGUACAUUGUAAAAGAGAAAAACAUAUUUAUAUAUUUUCUAUACAGUGUUUACUGAUGAUGCCAUAGAGGUUUGUAUUCAGACAUUUGUACAUUGAUGAUUAUUAUUAUUGUUGUUGUUGUUUUUUUUAAAGAAAAGCUUUUAUUCAAAUCACACAUAUAGAAGUUGCCUUAAAGGUCAGCCACUACGCCAAAUACGGAGCAUCCGCCAUUCCGGCCUCACCCGCUCGGGUCCCCCGCCCCGCCCCGCCCCACCCCGACACCCACGCAGCUCCCACGCGUCCCAAACCAAAAGGUGUCCCCCUAGCAACAGCCGACUUGUGCCUGAGCAGUGGGCUAGGAAGUGUAUUUGGAGCACGCAGUGGUGCAUUGAGAAGCUAUCCGCCAUGGACCAGUGGUCUCCAACCAGACUGCUUUUACCAAGUCCGUGGACCGACAGAGGCGACCCCCCCCCCUCGACCACGCGCCUACCUUUAAGAGUGCCAACGCCAUAACAAGUCCUUGCGCAAAGGAUCGAUUGACCAAUCUUUGGGGUUUGUUUUUUUAAACCCGAAGCAAUGCGAGCUUUGCUCCAAGUGUUUGACACUCAAGGCGCUUCGAUCUGUUGAAAUCAGUUGGGAAGGCUUCCUUGACUCAUCGGAGAGCAGACUUGCAGAAUUCCCCGUUGCGAAAAAUCCGCUUUGGAGUCGGUCUCCCGAAAUGGACCUCGGCUCCUGUGUUUUUUGAGACCCAUUUUGCGAGCUGGAGGCUUUCAAAUCUAUUUCGGCCUCGCAUCGCACGGAAGCCAGAAGUACUGUACGUGGUUUUGGUCUUUCCUCUGUGCGGCCUGCUGGUUGGGGACCACUGGUGCGGACGACAUUACGUAGCAGCAGCGGCAUCGUCAAGCUGUCAUUCCUAUUUUUCUACCAAAAAAAAAAACGUGACCCGCCCCCUCCCCCGCCCCCUUAAGGUCCUCGCCGUCGUCGCACGGUGGGGCGUGAAACCGGAAGCUGUCGUUCUUCCGCAACGUUGUGCCACACUUUGGGAAGCCGCGAAGGUGCGCUCAAGUCCAAAUGUGCGCUCGUGUUUUUCAUGGUGUUCAUCCUUUCCUUCAAGCACUUUUGUCUCCGGCUCGUCGUCUUUUCUAAUCUUACGGGGCCGAGCGGCGUUUGGUUGUUCAUCCUCCACUUUGGCCCGUCCAACCACCACCAUAAGCUGCUCUUGUCCUUAACCUUCUUUUUGCUCAACAUAAAGUGAGUGACAUUUGACUU